AGUGGACCGUCAACAUACAAACACUUCCCACUUGCAAUUAUAAAAAUUUUCUUUUAGCAAUGGCGCACUUUAACCUUCGAACGUUCGCAUGCUUAAUGCUAGCAUGCUUUCUGUUCGUAGCUCCUCACACAGAGGCUGAUGUUUCAUGUGGAGCGGUGAUCAGUGCCUUAAACCCGUGCAUGGGUUACCUUCGAUCUGGUGGUGCACUCGAUGGCUCGUGCUGCAGUGGUGUGGUGAGCCUCAACAACGGAGCCCGAACCACGGCCGACCGUCGUGCUACGUGCACUUGCCUUCAGAAAGCUGCGAAGGGGAUAUCGGGGCUUGACAUGGGUCGAGCCGGUUCGCUUCCCAGCAAAUGUGGGGUUAACAUCCCUUACAAGAUCAGCCUCUCUACCAACUGCGCAACUGUUAAGUGAGCAAAUGGGCGGUGGGGAUUACUUGGUACCUUUUCGAGCGUGAGAGGCUUCUCUUGUGUGAAUAAAUGGACGGCUGAUCUUACAUCUUGGAUCAAUGUCCUAGUGUCCUAGGCUUUUUCUCUCUUUCUUUAGGGUGAUGUAUGUAGCGUGUAGGGAACUCAUAAAUAAAAUAGAGUUUGUUACUA